UAUUUUCUUCGUGCAAAAUCGUGGGGGACAAAAUCGUAAAAGACAAAGAUAAAUAUCUCUCUAAAGUCUCUAGACCAAACUGGAUCCGAAUGUUCUUGAUCUAUCCAUUGCAGUAUAAAUGGUCCUAAAAGUUAAUCUCCGAGUUUUGUCUUUUUGGUUCAAGCAAAGUUCCAAUACUACCCUGUAGAAAAAUAUGUCGUACCGUGGCCGAGAAGUAGAGGUGACGAUCUCGUCGGCGAAAGAUACCAAGAACGUGAACUGGCGUAACGGACCAAACAAGCCAUACGCCGUCGUAUGGGUCGUUCCGAAAUACAAAUCCUCUACGAGAGUCGACGAAGAUGGCGACACGUGUCCCACAUGGAAUGAGACAUUUGUCAUCCCUUUGCCUCCGGACAACAACAACGGAGAAGAUUACGACAAGGUAUACAUCGACAUCGUGCACGCAGGACGUGAAGAGGACACAAAGCCUCUCAUCGGCUCCGCCCAUCUCAGCCUCCGUGAUGUCAUUGGUUUGGACGUCCCGUUUGUGAAGACCCUCGAACUCAAACGUCCGUCUGGUCGACCACACGGCAAACUCGACGUCACCGUCACCGUUAGAGAGCCUUGGUAUCAUCCGAGUCCAGGAUCGUACCAGACGCCACCUUACGGUUAUACUCACGCGCCGCCACAAACUGUUUAUGGUGAACCAUACGCGCCGUCGCCACCUGUUUACGGUGAACCAUACGCGCCGCCGCCACCUGUUUACGGUGAGUCAUAUGCUCCUGCAGCGUAUGGUAACGCGGCGUACGGACAAUCGGGAUAUGGAAACGCGUCGGAGAAGGAAAGCAAGUUCGGUGGGAUGGGGACAGGCCUGGCGGUUGGUGCGGUGGCCGGAGUUUUGGGUGGGGUGGCCUUAACGGAGGGAUUGGAGGCUGUGGAAGACCAUAUAGCUGAAGAAGCAGCGGAGAAAGUGGAGGAUGAUCUGGAUGACGUAGAAGACGAUUAUGACGGCGGCGAUGAUGACGGAGACUUUUAAUAUUCCUGCUCGAUCAUAAAUAAUAUCAUCUUGUAUGAUAUGAUAAUAUAAAGUCUACAAUGUACCAAAAAAAUAAAAAGUCUAAUAACUCUUCAACUGAAGCAUUAUUAUCACAACGAA